UAAUUAAAUAAGGUUUAUAGUGUUGUGUCAUGCUAUUAAAAAUCAUUGUUGCAAAUCGCAAGACAAAUUUUCAAACAAAAAGUCAAUGUACUGAAUAGUAUUACGUUCUUAUUUUUUCCAGGAAUUCCGAAAAUGGUUUCUCCUUCACAAACUCCGGCUUCACGUGUAAUCAUUUCAUUAAUUGGCAUUGCAGCAAUCAUUGGUAAUGUACUUGUUCUCUGGGUUUACUACAGAAGACGAAACAAAUCAGUGAAAACCGCAUUCGAUAUAUUCAUCAUCAACCUAGCCGUGUCAGAUUUACUCGCUGGAAUUUUUAUUCUUUUUGGUCGGUUCGUUUUUCAGCCUCAGAUCCCAGAAAAUUACGAAAGUGCAAUGACGUAUUGCUACCUGUUAUGGGGAGGUUUUAUCCUAUUCGGCUGUGGGCUUGUGUCUGUUUACACAUGCUUAGUGUUGACAAUCGAGCGUUGGUUGGCGAUAAUGAAACCUCAUUUCUUUCGAAGGAUAAGAGCCAAACAUGCCAUAGUCACAAUAAUAGCUGUCUGGACCUGGUCUUUUCUUAUAAAUUCCACAGUGUUUUUCAGCGUCAAAGCGAACUUCGAUACACGAUCUUGCUACUGGGUGGACCCCAAAACAGGACGAGCCUUCUUCGCCUUCAUAGAAAUCAGCAUGUCCAGUGUCCUACCAUUUUCAAUUAUUAUCGUUCUCUACGCUCACAUCUACUACAAAGUUCGCCAUAUGAAGCAUUUAAAGGGAGGCAAAGAAGACUUCAAGAGACGACUCACCAUUAUAGCUUUGGCAGCUUCAGUGGCUCUAAUUGUUGGAUGGUUGCCAACUAAAAUCAGUUUCAUGCUGAGGUAUACAAAUGUUGGAGGGAAACAUCUUGGACAAGCUGCUCAUUUGGUCUUUAUAAUGUUAGCAUUAAGCAAUAGCUUUAUCAAUCCAAUCCUGUACGGAAUAUACAGCUCGAAGUUCAGAGAUGAAUAUAAAGAAGUGCUAAGUGACAUACUGUGCAAGUUGACAAAUUGUACUGAUGAAGGGGAGGAAGAUACAGAAAUGACAAGUGAUAAUUAGAACAACCGUGCGCAUGCAUGCAGAUUUUUUAAAACUGCCUUUUCGAACUUGCAAACUCAAUUUGUCAGAUAAGGCCAAUAGACUAUGCUAAUUAAAUUUGUUCUGUACAGCGAUUUGAUGAAAUGUUUAGCUACAAUAGCUAUACGAAAACCAUGAUAGCGCUUUUGGUAUCUUUGUUGAAAAGUAAACAAAAAUAUUCUGUACUGAAAUAUAAAGUAUUGUAUUUUGUAGUCUCAAACCUUAUCACAAUAUAGAACUGAAAUAUUUGUCUAAAGACGUAGUGCUCCAAGUCCAAUAGCCAAAGAAACGUUACUGAUUGCAGCUAUUGAAAACAGUUCUCGAAUGUAUAGCUAUUAUAGUUAACUAUACCAUUAAUGGUUAACAAACCAAUGAAGCUCAUUAGCUAUGUCUAGGAAAUAAGCAAAAUGUAGUCUUUCGUGCAUGGUAAGGUGUGUAAUGUAUUAUCGACAAAUAUAACAAUGACGUACAGUGUUUAAAUUAACUUAUUGUUCAAAUUACGAAUUUCCAUUUGUCCAUGCCUGCACAUGGAGAAAGAUUGUCAAACACACGCACGCGCGUGCAUGCCGACUAUAAAGCCCAUUUUGCACUGAGCGAAUUAAUUUGUUCGCGCGAACAGAAAAAUAAUAGGAAUUGAUCCAACUCUUUUGGGUCAUUGAUCCAACUUCACAUUGCCAAGAUUUGUCUUUCGCUGCGGCUUCACCUCGCGCGAACAAAUUCGUCUAUAUGCAUGGCUAUAGGAAAAUGGUCUUAACGAACACAUUUUUCCAUGAUUAAGCAAGGUAAACUGAAUCUCGAUAAUAUCUUAGACAAUGAGUUUUAUGCAUUCCCAUGCAUCGAGUUUUACAAGCUCGUAUUCUAUAAUUAACUAUACUUUGACUAAAGAAGAUGUAUAUAUAUAUAUUACUUAACUACUAAUGAUAACGCAGUGUUGGGUUCAAAGUAUU